AUGAAGUACUCACAAAAGGCUCUUGCGCUUGUUGCGCUCGCCGCACAGGCUGAUGCUGCACUGCGAUUUGGUUGCAGCACUGUGACCAUUCAACGACUUGACCCGGUCGUGGAGCCAGGAAACUUGCCUUCAGCUCAUCUUCACCAGGUCGUCGGCGGCAAUGCCUUCGCCCCAGAGAUGAAAGGUGAUAUCGGAGAGCAAGGAACAUGCACCACAUGCGUCUUCUCCGAAGACUUCUCGAACUACUGGACGGCUGUGCUCUUCUUCAGACACGAGAACGGUACCUACAAGCGCGUUCCAAUCAUGGCCAACGAUGCUCUGCCCGCGGGUACUCAAGGUGGCAUGACCAUCUACUACACUCAACAGGAUUUCUUCAACAACGGAAACAAGUUCAUUCGAGCUUUUCCUCCCGGUUUCCGUAUGACGGUCGGCUCGCCCACUGCAGGGAAAGACGGCAUGACCACGCACAAGGGCCUGAGGUUCACCUGUCUAGACAACAAGUCCACGCGGUUCCCCGAAAUCGACGACUUCCCCACCAAGCCUUGCAAGGGCGGAAUCAUGACCGAGCACCACUUCCCAGCGUGCUGGAACGGCAAAGAUCUCGACAGCCCCGACCACCAGUCUCACAUGUAUGAUACGCAGCCCACGGGGUUCGGAGCCGGCGCUGCAUGCCCCUCUUCGCACCCAGUCCGCAUGCCGCAGCUCGCAUACGAGACUCUCUGGGACACCGCACAAUUCGCCAGCAUGUGGCCCAAGGACGGGAAGAAUCCUUUCGUGUUUAGCUAUGGAAACCAGGAAGGUCAUGGCUAUGGAACGCAUGCUGACUACAUGUUCGGGUGGAAGGGUGACUCGUUGCAGAAGGCCAUGAACUCGAGCUGCAUGUUCAAUGCUUGCGAGAAUGGGAAACCGUUGAAGAGCCAGAGUGUUGCGCAGAUGAAUGCCUGCAAGGCGAAGGAGGUCGUCAAGGAGGACACCGAAGGAUGGCUCAAGGAGCUACCUGGAAUGUCUGCGUAAACGCAGAAGACAAGUUAACUGGUAAGAAGACUUAGAGACAAAGACAUUGAUUGCAUGAUUGAGUUGUAGGAAAUUGGAUAAGCAGGUCCCUUGACACUGUUCUUUCGUUGAUGUAAUACAUUCGUUUUGAUUAGUCUAAAUCCCAUAUCAGAAGUCGUUGUUUAUCUAAUGGAAUUUUGUGAUUGUGGUGGUUGUUGGCCUCCCCGCUUUUGCAAGUACCUUGGUACGAUUUCGGCAACAGCCAGUCUACUGAUUAUACAUACCAAUCUUGAGUCUCAGUAUAAAUUC